GGGCAUACCAACUACGUUCGUUGUCUGUACGCGGAGGGGAGUGCCGUCGUGAGCGGUUCUGAUGACUGCACCGUACGUGUAUGGGAUGCGGGAUGUGGUGAGACGCAGCUCACCGGUCACUUUCAUGGUCGUGCGGGUGUCUCGGCUGUAUGUCGCGUCGGUGUCACAAUGUGGUCGGGUGACAACGAGGGGCGAGUCAUCGCCUGGAAGCUGAGCACAUGUGAGGCAUUGCGUGUGCUGCACGCACACGGGGGUCGCGUUGUCUCCCUGCGAAAGAUCGGCUCCCGUGUUUACUCUGGUGGGGCUGACGGCAUCAUUGCGGUGUUUGAUGCGGAGGACAGUCAGCUGGUGCAGCGGAUCGAGGAGCACCGGGGCGCUCGUAUCACUGCCAUCGUUGGGCCCUCUGAACUGCGUCGGUUUUUUGUCUGGUCGUGUGAUACCGACAAGAAGAUUCGAUGUUGGUACCAGGAUGAGUAUGUGCCAAUGACCGGCGACCAGGAGAGGUUCACAGAAGGUUUUUGGUACAAUACUGGAUCAACUCCUUACCGCGAGUUUCGCGAGAGUGUAUUGAGGCAAAACAAGUUUUUGCGUGAGAAGCUGAUGAUGUCGGCGAAGCAAAAUACACGGAUGUUAGACCUUAUGAGCUUUUCCAGCACGUUACUGAGUCCAAAAAAAAUGCAGCAGCAGGAAGUGAGCAUCAGAAAGGAACAUCAGCUUGCUAAGGAGCGUCAGGAACUUGUUGAGGGUGAAGUACGCAAGUCAAAAGAAAAGCUUCAAACUCUCGAGAAUGAGGCGCGUACUGUGUUGGAACUUCUCCGUGUAGCUCAGGCAGAAUUAGGUGUCUUGGAUAUGUCAGCAUUUCACUCUAUCCGUGGAACAAACAGCAGCGCGUCCUCAGGGGCAUCCCAUACGAAUAUAACGCUGCUUUCACCCCCAAUAACAGAUGAUAUGCAGAUCUUCAGAGGUACAGGGGUCUCUGGAGCGGUUGAUGUGCCACCGUUCCCACCAGGUCGUGUGGCCGGUGUCGCGUCCGCUGUCACCUCUAACUUACCAGCCAAUACUGGAGCCUCUCCACCAACUUCCGCCCCCAAUUACUGCGCAGCAGCACAGUCGUUUGUUGCGGGCCGCGGGAUACCAACGUUUUUGCCGGGAGGCAUGGCUGGUGCCACUGCUGUGACGCAACCCUACUCGGCCACAACGCCGUUGCCGGGAGGCAUGGCUGGUGCCACUGCUGUGACGCAACCCUACUCGGCCACAACGCCGUUGCCGGGAGGCAUGGCUGGUGCCACUGCUGUGACGCAACCCUACUCGGCCACAACGCCGUUGCCGGGAGGCAUGGCUGGUGCCACCGCUGUGACGCAACCCUACUCGGCCACAACGCCGUUGCCGGGAGGCAUGGCUGGUGCCACCGCUGUGACGCAACCCUACUCGGCCACAACG